GACACCAGCACAAAGAUGCAAUGGGCUGAUUAUUUCCACAAUAUUGUUCAGCGGUACCAAGUCAUUGUGGAAGGCUGGCCCGAGAACAUUCCAUUUACAAACCUUGUCCAAUCGUUGAGCGCUCUUGCAGACCUUGAAAUGCUUUGGCACAGGUGGGACACUGAAAAAAUAUACUGGAGGGCCUUGAGUGAUGAGGAGUUUGCGCAACUCCACAAGGAACAUGAAGACAAGCUUGAGAGCGGCAAACUAGUUGAACGUCAUUGUCGAACGAGAUCAGACAAAGGAAAGAAACGCAACAAUGCAGAUGCAAGGAAGUCUACUACUCACCGCAAGCAGUACAAGAGCAUGGAGACCAUCGCUGAUGACGACAGCGACAGUGGUAUGGAGGAAGACGAGCCCAUUCAUGAGCCAGCAGCCCCGUUUGGUGAUAACAGCACGGAGAUCGUCACUGCUGAUGACAGUAACAGUGGUAUGGAGGAAGACGAGCCCAUUCAUGAGCCAGCAGCCCCAGCUGGUGAUGUUGCCACUGCUGCUUCUGCUUCGGCCUCUGUGGAUCCAUCUUAUCAGCCUUCAGACAAUCUUUCUGGAUCCUUCACUAACAAUUUCGGCCUUCCUGACUUUGACUAUAAUGUGAUGUUGGCCCAGUUAGAUAGAUUGUAUGGCCCUCCUCCUACAUCAUUGAACUCAUUGUUGUAG